GAAAUUGCUUGGAAGUGCUCUGUUUUUUCUGCUGAAAUAUAAAUCCAGCUGAACGGUCGGUGAGAAUCGAAGGACGAACCAAGACAUUCUAAUACCCCAAACAUCAUUGCUUUGUUGCAAAAAGCGAAAGAACUCUGGUUGUUAGUAGCGUGUCGUUUUUCUUACAACUUCAAGAUCCCCAAGUACUUUUUUCGAGCAUGGCGGCCCCAAUAAAAAUGGACGAACUGCUGGUGUCUUGGCUGGGUAGUGACGAUGUGUAUGAGAAUGUAUUGAAACUCAUCGAAAAAUACGACGAGGAAAGUAAGGUUACCGGGGAUCAAAGCCCAGAUAGUAUUCCGAACAAAUUUGUGCCGUCCAAAUAUCCUGCGAAAUYAGAGUCUUCAUCGACGACUGCUAGACAGCCCAUUCCACCAUUUUAUCCUUUGAAAACAUCUAGCGGGAUUACGCUCCAGCGUAGAAGGAGACUUCCCCGACAGUCUGAAACGUGGGAUCCRCUACUGGACGAGAGCAGAAACGGAUCCCUUUCGAAGUCAAAUGCGACAAAAAAUUCUGAAGGAAAGAAGACACCGAACAGUGUGACAGGGCACGCAGCUGGACACGAAGAAGAAAACUCGUCUUCUGUGGAUCCAGCUAGCAACAUUUGUGUCCGUGAUCAAAUUUACAAAUUGUUGAACGAGCUGCAAAUUUUACCACAAGGGAUUUUGGGCAACGAUUCGUCCAAUGCUGAUAAUGCUGUUUCAAUUGGACUCGAUGUUUUCGUCCGAAUCACAAAGGAGAUAUGCCACUUCCCUUCAUUUUUYAACGGCCCGCUUUACCAGCGCAUAAUGCAGCUUUGGAAUAUAGAUCAUCCUCACGAGAACAUCACAACUGUGACCUUAUCUACCAUAGAAUGGUACUGGAAAAAAGAGAUGGAACCUUUUGAUGCAUCAGAGCGCUUUUUCCGUCUUGUCAAACAACCAGAUGAAGAUUGCAUUCUUCGAGAUGAUUUUCUGCCCUAUAUAAAAGCUCUGCUCAAUGACCAUCCUGUACGUGCAAGAUUUGCUACCUUUUGGCUCGCGCAGAUAAAACAAAUCAAUCUGUGAUUUCUUGCGCUCUCUCUCACUCUCCCACACAUGUAUUAUUUGCUCGUUCUUACUUGCAUUUCGUAGGGUUUAGAAUUUCUGUCUAAUCAUGCCGAGUUUCAGGAGAAGUAUGCUGUCACGGUCAUUACUCGCAUAUUUUACUCGGUGAACAAGUGUCAUUCAGGGMGAAUCACAUCCCGUCAGGUUCGUCGAUCUGAUCUUCUAGAUUCGUUCUCACAAGUAGACGAAGAAGAAGAUAUCAACAAAGUGACAAGGUACUUUAGUUAUGAACAUUUUUAUGUUUUGUACUGUCGCUUUUGGGAGCUCGAUCACGACAGGGACUACCGUAUUACACGUCAGGACUUGCUGAAAUACGGAGAUUGCUCUCUUUCCCAUAUGAUCGUGGAUCGAAUAUUUGAUUCCGCACCAAGACCUUUUGAACAGGAUAAAGUUGAUAGAGAACAUUUGUCCUAUGAGGAAUUUAUUUACUUCAUGUUGUCUGGUAAGAACAAAGAGGAGWUGAUGUUAUAAUUGGUAUAACACCACGGAUUUCUCUGUCUUGUGGCUUUAUUGAAAUUCGCUCGCUCAUUUUCYGAUUCUAUACAAUUUUGUUGUUGAUCAACAUUUAGAGGAAGACAAGUCGAAUGAGGUAUCGGUUCGAUAUUGGUUUAACUGUGUUGAUGUUGACGGCGAUGGGAAGCUAAAUAACAUGGAAAUGAGGUCGUUCUAUGCUGUUCAGCUCCAUCGAAUGCAAUGCAUGGGACACGAAAUUGUUCCAUUUGAGGAUAUGCUAUGUCAGAUGAUGGAUAUGAUAAAACCGAAGAAUUCAGAUCAUCUCAUCGUGGAAGACUUUUUACAAGCGGAAUGCUCACAGGUCUCUGGUGCUUUAUUCGAUGCUCUAUUCAAUCUCAACAAAUAUCUGCUUUUCGAACAACGGGAUCCGUUUGUUGAAAGGCAGAAACGCGAAGAUGAAUUCGAGACGGAUUGGGACAGAUUUGCCUGCAUUGACUAUAAUAGACUUGCAAUGGAAGAGGAAGCCAGGGAAGAAGAGGCAAUGGAAAUAGAUUGGGUCACGGUUGACGACGACGAAGAGGAGGAACCUCAAUUCAACGGGGCCAUCACAUCCGAAGCACCUUUUUGACAAAGUUUGAUUCUUGACAAAGAAAAUGGCCGAAGCGUACGGUACUUCACCCAUUGAGUCAUUUUCUGUGCGAACCUUUGUCGAAUAGAUCAAAUGCAGUUUAAAAAAGUAGCUUUUAUCAACAGAUCGUGAUACAAUUUUUAAAGAUCGUCGUUGAUACGGAAAAUUUCGUGUCACCUCGUGAUGCUAUAUUUGAAGUCGCAGGUCCCUAUGAAAGUCCAAWUUGUCACUCCUUUUCCAUAAAAGUAGCUCUAUUA